GCCGCGCCGCCCGAGGAGGAGAUACUUCGGAGGGGUUGGGCGGCGGCAGUUUUUUUUUUUUCCACGGUUUUAUUGCGGCCCCGGGGGGCUAUAAUGGUGCUUUUUUUGGGCUGAAAGUGUAGGCUGAGGGAAAGAGGAAGUGUUCCUGUCUCUCCCUGCCCCUCUGGGCAUCUCUUACUAGUGGCUGAGGGGCCGUUCCCGCCCUGGGCCUGGGGGUUCCUCCCCACCCGUCCUGCCUCACAGGGAGGCCGGGCCCUGUCCCGCCAUGGAGAAAUAUGAGGUGCUGGAGCAGCUCCAGCCUGGGGCGCUGGGCACUAUGCUCGUAGUUGAAUUGAAAACCGAAAAGGGUGCGGAGAAGAAAUGUAUAAUAAAGCAGGUUGAAUGCAUUGAGGAAAAGCAAGCAAAUGAGGCCUUGAAGGAGGCAAGGGAUUUGCUUAAACUUCAUCAUUCAAACAUCUGUGCUUACAAGGAAUUGUUUGUGACUUGGGAUAAUGAGAUAUCAUCUCUGUUCCUUUGUCUGGUAAUGCGGCACUUAGGCCAAGGAGAUCUUUCAUCUGUAAUCAAGGAAAAAAGGCAGAAGUCAGAAAAAAUAGCGGACAUGGUGAUUGUGAAGUUCCUGGGGCAGAUGGUGGAUGCUUUGUUUUAUAUACACAAACAAAGUAUUUUCCACAGAAAUCUCAAGCCAUCAAACAUACUUGUGACUGGUGAAGCAUCCUUCAUGCUUAGCGACUUCAGUACAGAAACACUUAUGACAGAUGAGAUGAAAUGGAAAAUAAGAGUGGAAGAAAAUAGCAAGUCUUGGAUGGCUCCAGAAACAUUUGUUUUUUCUUUUACUGAGAAAUCUGACAUCUGGUCUCUAGGUUGUAUUCUACUUGACAUGACGACCUGCUUUGUUCUGAAUGCAGAAGAGAUAACUUCAUUACUGCAGGAUAUUAGACAGGAUACCAGCCGUCUUGAGGGAGUUCUGACAUUAAUGCAAAACGAAGAUAACAGCUCUUUGCCUUUAUUUUCAAUUUUAUUUAUGAUGCUACAGAUUGAGCCCAGCAUGAGACCCACAGCAAAGGAUCUGACUGAUGUUCCAUUUAUUAGGGAAUGCCUGACUGUUGCUGGUGCCUCUUCAGUAAAACUGAAAAAGUCUUUGCCUCCCAAAAUAAUAGAUGUGCUUCUUGAGGGAGGAAUCGAAAGUGUUCUAGAUUUCAUGCAGGCUUUCUGGGAUAUAGAAGAAGUACAGGCUAAAGCCAUUCAGCACCUUGCCAGCUUUAUAAGAGAUAAAAGUGCCUUGCCCUAUCUGCGAACGUUCACGGAAUUGAUCACUUUUGCCAUGAAGACUCAUGUAGAUUCUCUCAAGUUACAAGUAGAUGGUUGCAGUUUAUUGCUUGAAAUUCUUAGUCAAGAACAGGAUGUGGUGAUGGCCCUGGAUGAGAAUGUGACCAGCUCUCUGUUAGACACAGUGAGAAAAUACUCUGAAAAUGAAGAGUUACUUUCAUUGGUCUGCACAUUGUUGAUGAUGAUUUCAGCCAGUGAAGUUGCUGCAGAGAAUCUAAGGAAAGUUGGAGUAAUUCCAGACCUUCUGUCAAUUUUAAGAAAUUUUCUUCAUAAUGAAAAGAUCUGCCUCUCUUGCUGUGGAGUUCUCUGGAGCUUGGCUGUGAGUGAGAAUAAUGUAGAUCAAGCGUUGCUGAAAAGUGCUGUGCCUGUUACCUCUGCGGUCCUUCAAGAGCACCUCCAGAACGGAAGAGUUACGGAGUCUGCUUGCUCGGCUCUAUGGGCAUUGUCACUCCAAGUACCCACCAGCAGAAUAGGCUGAGUAUUCAGGACUCUAUUCCUUUUGGCUUGGAGAAUGAAAGGGCAUCUUGACAUGGAGGAUGUAUUAGAAAAUUCUCCUAGACCCCUGGAUCAACUCAUGAUAAGACUUUAUUAGGCCUUUUUUACUGCAAUACAGGUUUUCACGUGCUUUCUUUGUAACUUAUUGCAUGAUUAAGAAGUCAUUUCAGAAACAGGAGGCAGAAGUUGGAAUGAUGAUGAGUCUUGUUUUAAAGGCUUUUGAGUGUAUUGAAGUUUAGGGGGUUUGUUUGUGGGUUUUUUGUUUGUUGUUUUGAUUGUUUGUUUGUUUUAAAGGUUGCUUAACUGAAAAUGAGUAUGAGCCCACAACAGCGCUUCUGCUGGAUGUGCUCAGGAUGAACCCAGAAAGACCAGUGCUGGUGAAGAAUGCCUGCCUGGCAUUAGCAAGCCUGCUAAGGCUAUCUGGUAACAUUCAGCAAUGAUUUUUUUUUUUUAUUAAUUGCAGAUCAGCUCAGAAGUGGAUGUUUCUGUAUAGUUCAAAGUGGGAUUGGGAUUGACAUCUGCUCUCCUGAGUUAAUCUUUUCUUGCAGGACUGGAAGAGCAAAUAGUGAAACUGGAGGUGUCAAUUUUUUUCUUCCCAUGGACCCAGCAUGCAUGUAUGAGAAGUAUUAGAUCAGCACAAUCAUCUGAUCUAUUAGUAACUUGAGAGUGUUUUGUUAUUUAUUUUAUGAUGAAGUUGUUUGAGCUCUACCCUUUUACACAGUUAACUCAAAGUGAAAACAAUAAACAUUAAAAUAGCUUCUGCCAUGUGUGACAGUGUCAGCUGCAUAUAUGGUUUUCUACUUGUUGCCCAAAUAUUCUUCAGAAUAGCUUUUAGGAAGACUGAAAAUAAUGGGCACGACUUCCUGGAAAAAUAUUACACGUGUGCUAGCUGCAGCAGGGGAUUGGAAAGCAGAUAAUGCAGUCUGCAGCUACCGAUUAGCCCAGCAGUGUUUGUCUCCCUUUCAGAAAUAUCAGCUUUGAGAUUCAUAACAGAUUCAAAAGGCAGUGGAAUAAACGUGAUCAAAGAUGCCUAUCACCUUCACUUUGAUGAUCUGGAAGUGGUGGAAAGUAUCUGUAUGCUGACU